AUGAAUGCAAAUGAAUCAAGUAGUAAUGUAAAUGAUUUACCUAAGAUAAUAGAAGAAGAUAAUGUUAGUUUAUCAAGUGAGAAAGAAAAUGAAUCAAUUGCAGAAAGUUCUACCAACACUCAAGCAAAUGAUAUAUUAAAUGAAGCUUUAGACAUGCAAAAUAAGAUUCUAAAUUCUUUACAUUACCUUGAUACUACUGAUCAAGCUGUUCAAUAUCUUGUUCAAGAUAUGAAAGUAUAUAUUAAUAUUAUUGAAGAGCCUAUUACGACAGAAGAAUUGCUUGAGAAUAGUGAAAUUAUUGAUAUGCUUCAGGCUGAUAAUAUAAUAGAAAAUGAUAUACUUAAUUUGGAUGAAGAAAAUGAAGAAUCUUCACCAUCUCCCAUAUCUGUAAUGAAAGCAA